UGAAGUAUGGGUUAGCGAGGAAUGGUUCAGUUCUGUUUCGAAGUCGAGGCCCACAACAACUUUCGAUUUGAAGUUCGGGUGGGAACUUGGAACAACAUAAGAUGUGGAACGCAUUACUUAAAGUGUUUUGGGUGAUAAGGCUAGUGAUGAAGGCUGAUGGGAACCAGCAGACCUUCUGUGUCUCUGGAUUUUGCUUACCUAAGGAUUACAAUCAAUUGGAAAUGCCACCGGGUCGGAAUAAGAUUCGAGUGGAAAUCUCCAUCUUGGACAUUUUAUCUGUGAAUGACAAAGACUUCUCCAUAUCCAUUUACGCAUAUUUGGGGAUUCGUUGGCCAGAACCCAGACUGUUGGACCAGAGUAGGCGGAAUUGGUCCAAGACACACACGGAUCAACUUGAAACGCCCGUCACGCUCGACCCGGCAUUCAUAUCGUCCGUAUGGGUACCCAAUAUCGUGGUGAUCAACGUUAAGUCCUUUAAACCGCUAUCCGAAAUGAAGCCUCAACGAGCCUUGUGGGUGGUAAGUGAGGCCAACGACCAACUUGGAUUCUAUUAUCUUCAAGGAUGCGUGAUCAGCUUUUAUUGUCCCAUGAGGUUCGAUUUCUUUCCCCUCGAUUCGCACAUUUGCUCUUUACAACUGUCCACAAGCUACGACAAUGAGCAUGUGUACUUCAGUGAUACCGUUUUAAAUGAUGCUCACAUGAGUCGCAAUGUGGUUUUGGAAUAUUCGGUCCAGAUCGAGAAAAUUCCAGAUGGAGAAAGAACCCUAACCCAAGCGGUCAUUGGGAACUUCUCGGUCAGUGGAGCAGAUCUCUAUCUACGAAGGCACAAGUUGAAGUACCUGUCCAUGUACUUUCUGCCCUCGGGUUUAUUUGUGGUGGUCUCUUGGGUGAGCUUCCUCAUUCCACCGGAUCAAGUGGCAGGUCGGAUGGCCAUGCUCAUUACACUAUUUCUGGUCUUGGUCAAUAUCUUCGGAAAUGUCACCUCGUCCGUGCCAAAUACAGAAGGUAUAACGGCCAUUUCGGCGUGGAUGAUCGUCUGCAUUUUCUUCGUCUUUGGUGCAUUAUGUUGCUAUGCGUUUCUUCUCUGGAAAAUGAAGCCCACGUUUUAUUUAAAGAAACACGAGCGGACCACCGAAACCAUCAAGUCCAAGCAUUGGCAGAGGGUCAAAUAUGACGAUCGGUGUUUCAUCAUUUUUCCAAUCGUGUUCAUCAUGUUCAAUGUCGCUUAUUGGGCCAUUUGUUUGAACACACCUCCGACAAAAGGCAUUUCAUCUAGCCAAGCUUAUAAGAGCGUUUUAACUGAAGGCUGAUGUGUGAGCAUUAAUCGUCCUGACGUGUGCGUAUACAAGAGUAUACAUGUAUUAAAUAAAGAUG